UCCCCUCCUCCUCCGAUGGAGCUCCUGAGCGGCCCGGCGCUCGCGUGGCAGCAGUACCGCUCGCUGCUCCGCAAGAACGUGACCCUCGCGUGGCGCCACCGGCGGUCGUCGGCGCUGCAGCUGCUCUCCUCCCUCGUCUUCAUCUUCCUCAUCUUCUGCAUCGACCGCGCCGUCCGCUCCCGCUUCUCCUACACCACCGCCUACCAGAACGUGCCCGACCCCGAGCCGCUCGUCGCGCCGCCCAUACCGCCCUGCGAGGACAAGUUCUUCAUCAAGUCGCCCUGCUACGACUUCCUCUGGAGCGGCGGCGGAAGCGCCCGCGUCGCGAGCCUCGUCGAUGCCAUCCGGAACAAUAACCCUGGCCGCCCGAUCCCCUCGGACAAGGUCUUGGGUUUUAGGACCCCGGAUGAAGUUGAUGCUUGGCUUUUUGAGAACCCGAUGCGCUGCCCUGGGGCUUUACAUUUUCAAGAUAUAGGUGCCACCCAGUUUACAUAUGGUAUUCAGACAAACUCCACUCCAGUAGCUCGAAGAGGAACAUAUGAGGACCCCACCUUCAAAUUCCAAAUACCGCUUCAAGUUGCAGCUGAGAGGGAAAUGGCAAGGCUGAUUAUUGGAGACCCAAAUUUUAGCUGGACUGUGGGGUUCAAGGAAUUUGCGCACCCAGCAACUGAAACCUUUUCUACUAUAGCUCAAGCAGGGCCAACUUUCUUCCUUGCCAUUGCAAUGUUUGGAUUUGUUUUCCAAAUCAGUGCCUUGGUGACUGAGAAAGAACUUAAGCUUCGUCAGGCUAUGUCUAUUAUGGGGCUCUAUGAAUCGGCUUAUUGGUUAUCUUGGCUUACCUGGGAGGCCUUUCUUACAUUAAUUUCGGCACUUUUCACCGUGCUCUUUGGGAUGAUGUUCCAGUUUGACUUCUUCCUGAAUAAUAGCUUUGGAAUCUUAUUCCUCCUAUUCUUCCUCUUCCAACUGAACAUGCUUGGUUUUGCUUUCAUGAUAUCCACAUUUGUAUCAAAAGCAGCAUCAGCUACUACCGUUGGAUUUGCGAUAUUCAUCAUUGGCUUCUUGACACAGCUUGUUACAACCUUUGGGUUCCCGUAUUCAGAUACCUAUGAGCAGUACUACCGGACAAUAUGGUCCAUCUUUCCUCCUAAUGUUUUUGCCCAAGCCCUCAAUAUUCUAGGUAAGGCAACUGCCACUCCUGAAGACAAAGGUAUUAGCUGGAAUCAGCGUGCAACAUGCCAAUCUUUUGAGACGGACUGCGUCAUUACAGUAGAUGACAUCUAUAGAUGGCUCAUCUCCACAUUUUUCGUGUGGUUUAUCCUAGCGAUCUACUUUGACAACAUAAUUCCGAAUGUCAAUGGUGUUAGAAAGUCAGUGUUCUACUUUCUGACGCCUUCAUACUGGACAGGGAAAGGAGGAGGCAAGAUGCGAGAGGGAGGCCUUUGUAGCUGUUUUGGUUCAAACCAUCCUGCUGAUGAUGCUACCCCUACUGAUGAGGAUGUUCUUAACGAGGAAAAUCUGGUAAAAGAAAAGGCAGCGGGCAAUGAGAUAGAUCCUGGUGUUGCAGUUCAAAUACGUGGUUUACGGAAAACCUAUCCAGGAAGUUUUAGUAUGGGUUGCUGCAAAUGCAGAACAACUAAGCCAUUUCAUUCUGUCAAAGGUUUAUGGGUGAACCUUGAGAAGGACCAGCUAUUUUGUCUUCUUGGGCCCAAUGGAGCUGGUAAAACAACUACAAUCAGUUGCUUGACUGGAAUCACACCAAUUACAGGCGGCGAUGCACUGAUUUAUGGUCAUUCUGUUCGAAGCACUGCGGGUAUGUCUAAUAUUCGCAGAAUGAUUGGAGUCUGUCCGCAGUUUGACAUCCUGUGGGACGCAUUAACUGCUAAGGAGCACAUGCAGUUAUUUGCCAGCAUCAAAGGUCUGCCUCAGUCAACAAUCAAGUUGGUAGCAGAGCAGUCACUAGCCCAAGUGAAGCUCAGCCAGGCAGCUAAUGUUAGAGCAGGUAGCUAUAGUGGUGGAAUGAAACGGCGGUUAAGUGUUGCGAUUGCUCUAAUUGGUGACCCAAAACUGGUUUUUCUUGAUGAGCCGACAACUGGCAUGGAUCCAAUAACAAGGAGGCACGUCUGGGACAUCAUCGAGGAGGCAAAGAAAGGAAGAGCUAUUGUCUUGACCACACAUUCAAUGGAGGAAGCUGACAUUCUAAGUGACCGAAUAGCUAUCAUGGCAAAGGGGAAAUUGAGGUGUAUCGGCACUUCAAUAAGGCUGAAGUCGAAAUUCGGAACAGGAUAUAUCGCCAAUGUGAAUUUCUCUGGAAAUGGUCACGCACAGAGCCCUAACGUCGUCAACGGUAGUACAGAGACCCCGGUUAAUCCUAACAUAGAAGUGGUCAAACAGUUCUUUAAGGAGAGGCUUGAUGUGGACCCAAAAGAGGAGAGCAAGACAUUCUUAACGUUUGUCAUCGCUCAUGAGAAAGAACCACUUUUGACGAGGUUCUUCGGGGAACUCCAGGAUAGAGAAAGGGAAUUCGGGAUAUCAGACAUUCAACUUGGUCUCACGACACUUGAAGAAGUCUUCCUAAACAUUGCAAAACAAGCCGAGUUGGAGAGCUCUACUGCCGAAGGGACACUGGUGACUCUAAACCUGUCAUCCGGAGCAUCAAUUCAGAUACCAAAGGGGGCUCGUUUUGUCGGCAUUCCUGGAACUGAGACAGAGGAGCAUCCAAGAGGAGUCAUGGUGGAGGUGUUCUGGGACCAGGAUGACAAUGGAUCACUUUGCAUUUCUGGCCACUCUGACGAAACCCCUGUGCCGGCAAAUGUUGAGCUCACGAGGCCACCUUCGCUUUCGCGUCGGGCCUCAGUGGCCCGUGGAGACCCUGUGGGGUACAUCAUUGAGCCAAAUCAGGUCCCAACAACCAGAUGAGCUUGAAUGCAGUUGGACAGUUUUCAUGUAAAUUAUUUCAGGAUUGAUGAUAAGUACAGAAAAUAGUAUAUAUGUUUGUACUAGAACAUUGUGUUAAUUAUUUUUUUUCACCAAAAAGGAUUUGAUAAUAGAUACAACAUGAUGACAAUUCAUGUCUUGUGACGAGCUUGAACACACAUAAUGUAGGUUGACACAAGUAUUUACAGAUAGCCAAUUUGUUUCUUCAGGUUUGUACAUUACAUUUCUCAAUAAUGGAGUGUUCUGGUAACCUGAUGAUCCGGUUCGUCAA